AUGCUGGACAAGCUAACUGAAGAGCUAACGGAUCGUAGACCUGCUGUUAUAGCCGGUGACUUCAAUGCUUGGGCGAUCGAAUGGGGCAGCCGCCUUACAAGUCCAAGAGGGAGCAACCUCCUAGAGGCGCUUGCCAAGUUGAUCGUCGAUCUUGCCAACGAAGGUACUAUCAGCACCUACCGUAGGGAAGGUCAAGAAUCCAUAAUAGACGUUACUUUCUGCAGCCCUGGACUGAUCAGAAAUUGGAGAGUGCACGAGGGAUAUACCCACAGCGACCAUCAAGCAAUCCGAUAUCGCAUUGGGCGCGAUCCACAGGUGGUAUCAGGCGGAGCGCAGGUAAAUGAGCGGAGGUGGAAAAUCGCGAAUUUUAACAAAGACGUGUUCGCGGAAGCGCUGCGGCUGGAAGCUGUAGUUAACCCCAGCGUGGACGAGCUGAUUGCGCUACUAUCACGCGCGUGCGAUGCAGCUAUGCCGAGAGAGGGCAAGCCAAGACACAGUCGGCCCCCAGCUUAUUGUUGGAACUCGAAGAUCGCCGACCUACGAGCGAACUGUCACCGAGCUCGGAGAAGAAUGCAGAGAGCCCGCAACGACGCUGAAAGAGCAGUUCGCAGGCCAGCUUAUACGGCAGCUAGAGCUGCACUUAACAGAGAAAUCAAGCUCAGCAAAAAGGCAUGUCUAGAAGAGCUUUGUCGGAACGCAAAUUCUAAUCCGUGGGGAGACGCCUACAGAGUAGCCAUGGCGAAAAUAAGGGGACCAGCUGUACCACCGGAAAGGUGUCCGGAGAAGAUGAAAGCCAUCGUAGACGCGCUAUUUCCGCAGCACGUACUGACGGGUUGGCCACCCACACCGUACGGUGCUCAGGAGGAUCAGGAAGCGGAAGCUCGAAUAACCAACGAGGAGCUGAUAACAAUAGCAAAAGCUCUUAAAACAAAGAAGGCUCCGGGACCAGACGGUAUCCCGAACGUAGCGCGUUCUGCCUGCAGUCUCGAAAGUGUUAGAGAAGAUGGUCAGAUUUCUGAACACCUGGAUAACCCGAAUGCUCGUCUCCUUGCUCGAAAUCAAUCUGGAUAUCGGAAAGGUUUCAGUACCACGACCGCGCCAGCGAAAGUGGUUCACGACGUGUACAGCAACUUCGAGAACAGUUGUACCAUCAUGGUGCUAGUGGAUUUUUCACUAGCAUUCAACUGCGUGGAUCACCGCAUGCUACGCACCAACUUCAACGAAGAAUUUCUAUUCUCCCGAACUGCAUGUGACCUGGUAUCAUCAUUUCUAGGAGAACGACACCAGACGGUUCGUGUUGGUGAUAAGAUGUCUGCUGUUUGCGAGGUUACCGACGGAACGCCCCAAGCCUCCUGCCUAAGCGCCCUCCUCUUUAGCCUUUACAUCAACAAUCUCCCUACCACUCUGAAAUUUAACUAUCAGCUUUACGCUGAUGACCUCCAGAUCUACAUAUCUGGACCCAUCGACAACAUCGAUCGUCUGGUACGUAUCAUCAACGAAGACCUAAAUGAGGUUGCACAGUGGGCAAAACAAAACCGAUUGUAUCCAAACCCAAAGAAAACCCAGAUGAUCGUCUUCAGUAAGACUGGGACAGUCAGACCUCAAACAGAUGUAGUGUUUGAUGGAGAGGUUAUUCCGCCAUCCAACAGAGUGGUUAACCUCGGCCUUCACCUUGACAACAAUUUGACCUGGUCCCACCAAGUCAAUACGGUGGUACAAAAGGUCUAUAACACUCUUAGAACUUUUCGACGUUUCGCUGCCGUUCUCUCCAUGCCAACUCGACAUAAACUGGUGCAAGCCGUGAUUGUGCCUAUUUUCACUUACUGUGAUAUAGUCUACUACCAUGGCCUUUCUGCAGCACUCAAGCGUCAACUCCACCGAUGCUUCAAGUCUGCUGUACGGUUUGUGUACAACCUACGUCGUCGUGAUUCAACGGGCACCGUACGGAAUAGCAUCUUGGGACACGACCUGCCAGCCAAUUACCACCUGCGAACCUGUUGUUUUAUGAAGCAGGGAUAUGAUGGUAGCCUACCAGGAUACAUCCAAGAUCAUCUUGUGCAUGGUCAGAUGGAACGAACCCGUUCCCUUAUCAUCCCGAGGCACACAACAUCGAGCGGCAAAAGUUUGAUUGUCACUGGAGCCGCCUGCUGGAACAACCUACCGACAGAUGUGAAGCAGAAGCCUACAAUUACGACCUUCAAGACAGCCGUGAAACGGCUUGCGCAAAAUCCAAAUUAA